GAAAAAGAGUCACAGUUACUCUGCGAGCGUACAGUUUCUUCAUCAAUUACAUUCUAUAUGUAGUUUUAAUGUCUUUCAAGCAUGACCAAACACCAACUUGCAAUCACACUAUAACAUUAGACAACCUAAGCGAUGGAGACUCCUUCACCUACUCAGCAAUCAUUUGCAGUGGUCUCAUCGAAAACGCCGAGACCUGCACUUCUCAAAUUUCCGUUUUCGCGACAGGUGAGCCCCAAAGGGGCAUUGAGACAAAUACAAGAGACAAUUCUUUUAAAUGUAUUCUGCAAUUGAACGCUGGCAGUAACGAGUUUACCUUUAAAUAUUGCUCUUUCUCCAUUAGUGUAAAGCUGCACUACAAACGACGUAAGUCCAGUUUCACUGUUUUGCCUUUAUACAUUGUUUGCGAGGGCCACGAUGGCAGGUUCCAGGCGCCUCCCGGUGAAGUAAACUCGCCAGAAAGUGCAUGUAAGCGAAUCACAGCGGUCUGCAAGCUGCUGCAGAGCGUUUUCGGUUAUAAGUUCGCUAAGGUUGGGAUGGAGAGGAGGUCUUACGAAAUGGAGGUCGAUUGUCUCACAUGGCAUAGUAAGCUAAACGUGGAGAACGCGCUGAGUAUGACACAAGUGGAGUUGUGGUAUCAUUUCGCGCGUGAAAUUAUGUCCUCGGGUAUUGGUAGUGACAACAGAAAGUACCUUGCGUUUCUAUCUUGCAGUGUUUACAAUGGGGAAGGUUACUACGAAGGUAUGCCGUACAAGGAGAUGCUUAAGUUGGUUAAGGGUUAUGUCGCGUAUGGAGGUGAUGGGUUAGCCUUGCUCAGCACUGGCUGCCUGUACACGUGGCCUGAAACUUUGGAUGGCGUGUACGGAAAACUGUGCAAGAAUACUUUAGUGGAUAAAACUAAAUUAAUGAACUAUAGCAAUUCGCGCGACACUUGGGGCGGUUGCUUCAUCGCCAGCUUGGGGGCGGUACUUCACGAAUUGUGCCAUACCUUCGAUUUGGGCCACUCCGAGGCUGGCAUAAUGGGACCUAACUUUGGACAAAUUGACGAUGUGUUUUUGGCGGUCGCUAACGAACAGCGGUUUUGCGAUUACCGUUGCACAGACGCUUCCCAAAUUACACCAGAUUAUUCUGGAUGGUCAAAAAGUGCCCUAUUUAUCAUCUACUACCACAAGUGGUUCCAGAACGUAGACAGCUCUAGACAAGUGUCCAUUUGCUAUGAUUCAGCUAGUAAUGUUGUCAGAUCAAUUGUCGGUAUAAGAGUUAUUGAAAUUCGACGGAAAGACGACGAAAUGGUGCUUAAAGCGUGGGUAUUUGGAGGGAAAGUGCUGAAAUUUUCGUUUCAAAUUCCAGUUAGGGCGGCUGGCUUUGAUGAGGAUGUUAUUUUAUACGCCCAAGAUGGCUGUGGAAAUAUUUUUAAGCGGCAAAUAAAAUUAUAAUACAUUUUGAUAUUAAACUUUA